AGAAUCAUCUCCCACAUGAAGACAUCCAGGAGCCUCCACAUCAUGUGUAGUAUCCCAGUCUUCUGCUGGAUCACUGCUACAGUUCUGGAGCACAUGUUGGCUACAGAGCAGAGAGGAGAGCUGCCCAAGACCCUGACUGACAUGUACUCACACUUCCUGCUGGUUCAGACAAAGAGGAAGAAGAACAAGUACCAUCAGGGACAUGAGACGAGUCCACAGGAGCUGACGGAGGCUGACAGGGAAGUUCUUCUGAAGCUGGCGAGGCUGGCGUUUGAACAUCUGGAGAAAGGAAACAUCAUGUUCUACCAAGAAGACCUGGAGCAGUGUGGUCUGGAUGUGACAGAGGCCUCGGUGUACUCAGGAGUUUGUACAGAGAUCUUCAAAAGAGAGUGUGUGAUCUUCCAGAAACCAGUCUACUGCUUUGUUCAUCUGAGCAUUCAGGAGUUUCUGGCUGCAGUCUACAUGUUCCACUGUUUCACCAACAGGAAGACAGAGGUGCUGAAGAACUUCCUGGGAGAUUUUUAUGAUUCUCAUUAUCCUGGAAGGAAUCCCGAUAAUAAACCAUCUCUGGAUGAUUUCCAUGACAGUGUCAUGUAUAAAUCCCUCAAGAGUAAAAAUGGCCACCUGGACCUGUUUGUUCGCUUCCUUCAUGGCCUCUGUCUGGAGUCCAACCAGAGACUCUUAGGAGAUCUGCUGGGUCAGACAGAGAUCAGUCCAGAAACCAUCCAGAGAGUCAUCCACAACCUGAAGGAGAUGAACAGUGAUGAUUAUGAUGAUAAAAUCUCUCCUGACAGAAGCAUCAACAUCUUUCACUGUCUGAUGGAGAUGAACGACCUCUCAGUACAUCAGGAGAUCCAAGAGUUCCUGAAGUCAGAGAACAGAUCAGAGAAGGAACUUUCUAUGAUCCAGUGCUCAGCUCUGGCCUUCAUGCUGCAGAUGUCAGAGGAGGUUCUGGAUGAGUUUGACCUGCAGGAGUACAACACAUCAGAGUGGGGACGACUGAGACUGAUUCCAGCUGUGAGGAACUGCAGAAAGGCUCGACUGACUCGGUGUGGACUCUCAGAGACUGACUGUGAAGUUGUGGCCUCAGCUCUGAAGUCCAACCCCUCCCAUCUGACAGAGCUGGACAUGAGUUGGAACGACCUGCAGGAUUCAGCAGUGAAGCUUCUGUGUGCUGGACUGGAGAGUCCAAACUGUCGACUGGAGACUCUGAGAUUGAAGGACUGUGGUUUAUCAGAGAUCAGCUGUGAUUAUCUGGCAGCAGCGCUGAAGUCCAACCCCUCCCAUCUGAGAGAGCUGGACCUGAGCUGGAACAACCUGCAGGAUUCAGGAGUGAAGCAGCUGUGUGUUCUUCUGGAGAAUCCACGAUGUCGAUUUGAAACUCUGAGAUUGAUGGACUGUGAUUUGUCAGAGAUCAGCUGUGAUUAUCUGGCAGCAGCGCUGAAGUCCAACCCCUCCCAUCUGAGAGAGCUGGACCUGAGCUGGAACAAGCUACAAGAUUCAGGAGUGAAGCAUCUGUGUGGUUUCCUGGAGAGUCCGGGAUGUGGACUUGAAACUCUGAGACUGAGUCACUGUGAGCUGUCAGAGAGAAGCUGUGAAGCUCUGGCCUCAGCUCUCAGCUCUCAGACCUCUAAUCUGAGACAGCUGGACCUGAGUAACAAUAAUCUGAAUGAUUCAGGUGUGAAGCUUCUGUCUGAAGGACUGAAGAGUCCACACUGGAAACUGGAAACUCUCAGUCUGUCAGGCUGUCUGAUCACAGAGGAAGGCUGUACUUCUCUGGCCUCAGCUCUGAGCUCCAACCCCUCCCAUCUGAGAGAGCUGGACCUGAGCUACAAUCAUCCAGGAGACUCAGGAAUGAAGCUGCUGUCGGCUGGACUGAAGGAUCCAGGCUGGAGACUGGACACUCUCAGGUAUGAAGAGAAGAUCGACACAAACACAGUGAACACAAAGCUCCAACUGUCUGACAACAACAGGAAGGUGACACAUGUGGAGGAGGUUCAGUCAUAUCCUGAUCAUCCAGACAGAUUUGAUGUUUGUUAUCAGCUGCUGUGUAGAAAUGGUCUGACUGGUCGCUGUUACUGGGAGGUUGAGUGGAGAGGAGACGUUUAUAUAUCAGUGAGUUACAGAAGCAUCAGAAGGAAAGGAGACAGUUAUGACUGUGGGUUUGGAUGGAAUGAUCAGUCCUGGAGUCUGAGCUGCUCUGAUGAUGGUCCUGUUUGUGUCUGGCACAAUAACAGAGAAACAUCCAUCUCCUCCUCCUCCUCCUCCUCUUCCUCCUCUGUCUCUAACAGAGCAGCAGUGUAUGUGGACUGUCCUGCUGGCACUCUGUCCUUCUACAGAGUCUCCUCUGACACUCUGAUCCACCUCCACACCUUCAACACCACAUUCACUCAAACUCUUUAUCCUGGGUUUAGGUUCUGGUCUCCUGGUUCCUCAUCAACAGGCUUUACCCCGUACGAGCUGCUGACCGGGAGACAGUUUCCAGCACCCUGGACAGUGGCCUCGGCGGAGCAGCCCCAGAAAAGGAACAGGUCUCAUGCUGAAUAUUUUAACGAGUUGAAAGCUCUUGUGUCCAGUUUCACAAAACAGGUGACGUGUGAGAAGCCCGGAGAGAAAGGAGAGGUCCCCGACGCCAAGGCGGUGUGGCUAAAGGUCAUCAAGCGCAAGUGGAAGGAACCCCGGUGGACCGGUCCGUACGAGGUGACCGCCCGGACGGCUACAGCAGUCCAGCUGAAAGGGAAAGGCGACACCUGGUUCCAUUGGACGCAGUGUGCGGCAGCGGACGAGAGGCUAGUGGACGAGGACCCGGCUCCACCGAACACGGGGGGUAACGAAUCCAAGAGGCAGAAUAAAUCCUCUCCCCUGUGCAACGGGCCGACCGGUAGUCUACCCAGAAGGUCGAAGAAAGAAGAGGCGCCGAGGAGGAAAUCACCGCGUCUGCAGAAAGGAGCAACCACCAGCUGA